CAGAAAGAGCAGACCUCUUUAAAGAGAGGUAAGCAAAGAAAAAGACAUUCUGCAAGGCCUAGCCAGUUCUUCACAGCAGUAAAAUCUUAGACGCUAUGGCCAUGGCAUCGUAUGGAGCUUAUAUCCUCGCCAUUCUCUCCUUAUUUUCCACAGUCCUCGCUAGGGAUUAUUGUGUUUACACCAUUUUCGUGAAGACCGGAUACAUGCCACAAGCGGGUACAGACUCGCACAUAAGCGCUGAGUUCUUUGACGCUGCGGGUAACACCUACAAGAUCAGCAAUAUCACCGAAUGGGGAGGAUCGCUCAUGGCCUCAAACCACGACUGUUUCGAGAGAAACAACUUGGACCUUUUCACGGGCAUUGGCGAAUGUCUGGAUUCUCCCAUAUGCGGCCUUCAUCUCACAUCUGACGGAAGCGGUGAUCAUCAUGGCUGGUAUUGUGACUACCUCGAAGUCACCUCUGCGUGCUCCAUGGAACAUGUUCCUUGCUCUACACAUCGAUUUACAGUCCAGCAGUGGCUAGCAAAUGACGUCUAUCCAUACCAGCUCGUCGCUCACAGGGACGAUUGUCCUCACAUGAAGCAUUCCAGCAGUCGGAAGACUUGGGCAUAGAACAUCCACGGGCUGUAAGGUCUUUGCAAACAACGAUCGAUAUUCCUCUGCGUCGAGAAAGAGUUAACUUCCGUACCAUGGAAACAACUUCGCUAGAUGAAAGCUGGAAGUUAGAAACAGGUCAAAGUGGAUGGUGAUGAAGCUCUUGCCGUUAAGGAGAUUUGCUCUGAAAUUAAUAUAGAAACAAAAGCUCUCUCUCAGAGGAGAAUUACAUCGUCCUUGUAUUAGCAAGGAUAUGUUUAUGUAUCCGCCAAGGAAUAGAGGUUAAUCUCGUAAUUUUUUCUAG